AUGGACGGGGGUAGGCUGUGUUGCACGGCUGAGCCGCUCUCGGGUGUUUUACCAGAAGAAGACUCUCAGGACUCUCCCAGGCUGGGAGUGACUCAGGGCGAGCCCCUAAAAGGGGACCAGGACCUGCUCACCUGCGGCCAGUGCCACUCCCGCUUUCCCCUGGCCGACAUUCUGCUGUUCAUUGAGCACAAACGGAGGCAGUGCCACCGCGGUAGCUUCUGCGUGGACAAACCCCUGGACCGGCCUCCGUCCUCCCCGCUCGCCUCGCCACUGUCCACCGCCUCCUCCCACUCGCGCACCCAACAUCAGCACACUCGGAGGGGGCGUCAGCCCGUGGAGGUGGCCGUUCAGGUGUCGCCGCGGGAUGAGGAUUGUUUAUCUGCGCCCUUGCAAGGAAUAAUCCCCAAGCAGGAGAAUGUCACAGGUAAACAUGCCGGGAGUUCAAAAUGGCCGCCGCGCGAGGGAGGAGCGAUGACCGUAGAGAAAGAAGAGUUUAGCCGGUCCUUAAGAUUGAUGGAUCCAGACUGGCAGUGCCAGUGA